UCUCUUUUUGGCCGCCGAGAUGAGGCUGACAGUUGCUUUGCCGCAGACCGGCAGUAGGGAGCCGAAGGCGGAGCCUGCUGAUGCCCCAGAAGGGAAGGGAGCCGCUCAGAUUUAAGGAUUUAGCGGCGGUCGCAGGGGGAGGAUUGCGGCUCAGCAGCUCGGCGCGCCUUUGAAGCAGCAGUCCGGACAUGGACAAAAUGAACUACAUUCUCCUAGCAGCAUUCAUUAUUCUAACCAUAUCCUGCACUUCUGGCUAUGCACUUCGAUGUUAUAUCUGUGAACAAAGUCCUUUUCUCUGUAGAACCAACCUAACCUGUUCUGAGGAAGAUGAUGCUUGCUUGCAAAUUAGAAUGGUGAAUUUGAGAACGUACAGGUGCUGGAAAAUGUCAAAAUGUGGCAAAGAUGUUAUAGCCGAGGAGUUUAGUGUUGACAGUUUUAGACACCUUUGCUGCCAAAGAGAUUUCUGCAAUAAGAGUCCAAGUCUCCUCGUCAGUACCACUCCCUUUGGUAUCUCAGCAGCAAUUGUGGUUUGGAUGAUGUCCCGGUAAUAAGGAGAUUCAAAAUAAUAUGUUCUUUGCAUAUCCCAGUUCUAACCAGAUACGCAAGCACUUUUACUGGAACAGCUAAAGCUAUUUGAAGAAGCAAUGUCUGUGUAACUACAAGAGUGUUAAAGCUAAGCCAGGAAAGCAAUGGGGAAAAAAUAUAAAAAUGGAAAACCAAUUUUGUAAGAAAGUACUCUCACUCAGUGCAUGUUGAUUGUCUUUGACAAUUGAGCCUUCUCCUUAAUAUUUAAUUUCUGGUUAAUCCAUGGCAGUGAAAGUGCUUAUUUAUCGUAUUUCUAUUUUUUGUAAGAAAGCAGAUUCAUAUUCUUUUCCUUUAUCAUUCUCUACAGCUGCAUGUUUUUCAGUAAACACGAAUACUAUAUUUCACAGCUCACUUUUAAUGCAAGCUCAUCAUAAACAAGUUUAAGAGGUUACCAAGAGAAUGGUUGUAAGAUCUCACUGUUUAUAGUCCUACAUUGACAGAUUUGACCUUCUAUCUGUUUUAACAUGCUAUAGCAAUCUUUACCUAUUAUACAGGUGUUAAGAUAACCACUCUAUAUAAAACUCAUAUAUGUGUGGCACUUUAUGCAGUAUACUCAGUAACUGCUGCUUUAAAACGUAUGUCCUAUUCCAUAUUUCUGCAUUUAGUCGCAGAACCUAAUAUUGACGGAGCUUAAUUUAAAAAGGUAUUCUCUCUUUUUCAUUGCAUUGUUUUCUGUGAAGACUUUAUUCAAUAGAGAAACUCUGAAAAGUAUUACUUAACACAGUCCUUCCUAUGUUAGGCACAGUAUGCCAUUUUAAAAGUAUAUUGUGUAUGGACAAUUGUUAACAUUCUUUUGCAAAUUUUCCCACGUAUAUAGAACUAUUGGUAUCUUAAAAAGUAUUGAAACAACUAUGUGCAAUAUGUUCUACUUACCCUAUAUGUAGAAAGAUUCCUGAGAGAACCCUGGCUUUGCUUUGGUAUGUAUAAAUCCCAUGGUUUCGUAUUUUAAGAUUAGUAGCUUAUAUAAUUUAAAUGGACUCCAGAAGAUGGUAGAGGACAGGAAGACCUGGAGGAACGUUGUCCAUGGGGUUGCGAUGGGUCGGACACGACUUCGCAAUUAAUAACAACAACAACAACAACAAGCUUAUAACAUUAUUGUAACUUAUUUCAGUGGAAACUAAUAAGGGCCAAGGAAGCAAAGUUGAUGGGCAAACAUCGUUCACUUUUUCCCACUAAUUAAAUGAAGGAAAUAGUAAGGUCUGUAUAAGGACUCAGAACUGACAAAGAAACCCAAGAUAAGACAGAAUUUUAUUUAUUUAUUUAUGAGACUUAUAUACCGCUUUAAGUGCAAGCACUCUCUAAGCGGUAUACACCAGUAAGCAAUGUAUAUAUAUAUUUACAUUGCCCCCAACAAUCUGGGUCCUCAUUUUACCUACCCCGGAAGGAUGGAAGGCCGAGUCAACCUUGAGCCGGUGAGAUUUGAACCGCUGAUCUGCUGAACACAGUCAGCUAAAGUGGCCUGCAGUACUACACUCUAACUGCCAACUAUUGGAGACUGUUAAACAGAUUAGCACCAUAUGUGAAUGCAAUGAACCUGAGUUUUGGGAAAUAGAGAAACUUGCUGAGAAACCAAAAAGAAAAGUAUUGUCUCUCUGUAUAUACUUAUUUAACCAAAUUGCUUAGAAUUACACAACUAUCCUGGCUGAAUUCAUACCAUCACUUCAGCAACAAAAUAAGCCAUCACAUUUUACCCUGUUGCAGUGAGCAAACCAUCUAUUGUUUUUUUAAUACUUAAAAUGGAAUAUAACAGGUCAAAUUUCAUUCAGCAAGAAAAAAAGUAUCACCUGUUUGUACAAAACAUGUUUAAUGUAUGCUAUUACAUAUUUAACAAAGAUAUCACAGUAAACACUAUGAGGGAAAUAAUCCUCUUACCUAACACUUUACAAUAAACUUUAUUGAACUUCAGACUUUCAUCUGAUUAUAGAUACAUAGAAUUAACCUUGUAAUCUAGAUGUUUGCAGACAUCAUUCUGUUUGUCAGUGACUACACAACUCUGCUGAUUAAAAAAUAGUAAUAAUAUUUAACAUAGGUGGCAUAAUUCACUAUAUCAUAAACUAACUGCAUGGGCAGAAUCUGCCAGAUUCACAGGGAUGAAAAUGUGGUAAGUAAAUUUCAUAGGAUAUUGUGUGUAUCUAGUCAUUAUAUUAUACUUUCAAACUUGAAAUGAUUUUGUGUUCAUAAAUAUUUUACAUUAUAUGCGUAAUAUAGUUGUGGACCUUAAAUCUCCACAUACUCUCUCAAUUCUCAGUAAUGUAACUAGCAUCCAAUUCCUCUCUCCUUUGUCUAUCUCUUUUUGAUCCCACUCGAUCCUUGGCAUAUCGAUAUUCUGAUCCCGGUGAACAAUGAAUGGGUCUAAGUCAGUAAACACAUCUAGGAAUUGUAACAUAGCCAUUCUCAACCUAAUGUCUUUCAAGUGUUUUGGGCUUCCAGUCCUAUAAUUCUUAUGCUGGUUGACAAUUAUAUGAAUUGAUUGAACCCAAUUAGAGGUACCAAAAUGGAUAGCACUUUAUUUUACAAUUUCUAGGAUUUAUAUCCUGUAUGGUUAUGCACAUUUUAUAAUAUUAAACAUGUAAAAGAGGAAAAUACUUUAAAGAGCCAGCACUAGUUUUUUUAAAUGGUGGAAAGAUUUUUAAUUUCAGUGUCUUUUCCCUGAGGAGAAAGCUGCAACUAACUGGAAAUGGAUGUGACUUCUAUCAGUGUCCUGAUUAAUUAUGGAAUCUAUUAUUAGGCCAAUAUUAUUACUUUAAAAACUGUUUCCUUUAUAUCUGUCAGGCAUGAACAACCAGGCCUACAUGUACAGAGUUGGAGCUAAUUACUUUAUUAUGUUUUGCAUAUAAAACACAUAAAUCUCCCCAGUCUGGUAGCCUACUCUUGUAAAUAAUUACAUACUGCCCCGGAACUUAGGGGAGAUUGGCCCUAGACUUUUUGUAGUUGCUCAGUAUACAGUUGCUCAGUAUACAGUAUUUUUUGUCUAUGAUAUGAGAAAUAUAAAAAUAUUUGGGAUGAUUUAUAUGAGGAAAAUAUACUAAAUACUUAAAUAUAAUGGAUUUUGAAGACUUGAAUAUGCUUAGAAAAUGAAACACUGAUUAUAAAUAUAUUCUAGUUCAA